AUGGGGAGACCUUGCAAUAAAGAAGACGGGAAAUGGAUGAAGAAAGACAAGAAAGCAAGCAAAGGGAAAGUAAAGAAAAGCUCGAGACGCUCCCAAGCGGGUGUCCUCUGCUGGCGACAGCUGGCCGCCUCGCUGCAGCUUGCUCCCUUCCCGCCGGCCGGCCUGUCGUGUGCGUGUGCUCCUGGCGAAGUGCGGCCCCAGAACCAGGUCACCCGCAGCCUCAAGAGCUCCGGCAAGGUCCUGGGUCAGGGCGGCUCCAACGCCCGCACUGAGCUCCCCGACCUGCGCCCCGACCGGUCAAACCUCUCCUUCCCCGCACUGCACUCCAGGCGCCACAGCGGAUCUCCGGGGUUCAGUUCUCACAGUCCCGUAGCGGGUGGAGGUCCUCUAGGUCUUCACCGCCCAGCAGCUCCGGCCCGCAUCACCCGGCCCCAGCGAGCCCCGGCACCCAGCGGCCAUCACGUCCUGGUCCUGGAAGUGGCCUCCAGAAGCGCCGCGGGUUCGCAAGACCCGACUCUGAUCCGAGGUCGCGGCGGGACCCGCCCAGGCUGGCCAGGGCUGCUCAAGUUCGGCGUGCAGGCGCUGCUGGCGGCGCGGCCCUUCCACAGCCACCUGGCAGUGCUGAAGGCAGAGCAGGCGGCGGUGUUCAAGUUCCCGCUGGCGCCGCUCGGCUGUUCCGGGUUGGGCUCAGCGCUGCUGGCCGCCGGGCCUGGGUUGCCUGGCGCCGCGGGUGCGCCGCACCUGCCGCUGGAGCUGCAGCUCCGCGGGAAGCUGGAGGCCGCAGGCCCUGGUGAGCCGAGCACGAAAGCCAAGAAGGGGCGCCGGAGCCGCACUGUGUUCACCGAGCUGCAGCUGAUGGGCCUGGAGAAACGCUUCGAGAAGCAGAAAUACCUCUCCACGCCCGACAGAAUAGAUCUCGCCGAGUCCUUGGGCCUGAGCCAGUUGCAGGUGAAGACGUGGUAUCAGAAUCGGAGGAUGAAGUGGAAGAAAAUAGUACUGCAGGGCGGCGGCCUGGAGUCCCCUACCAAGCCCAAGGGGCGGCCAAAGAAGAACUCCAUCCCCACAAGCGAGCAACUCUCUGAGCAGGAGCGCGCCAAGGAGGCGGAGAAGCCGGCGGAGGUGCCAGGCGAGCCCAGCGACAGGAGCCGCGAGGAUUGAGCUCGGCAGAGUGCGGAACCAGGGAGCCAGAGAAGCAGUGGCCGCCUGAGUCCGCGGAAACCUGCGGACCGUCCCUUCUCGUCCCCACCGUUUGCUUUCUAAGCAUUUUAUUAUUACUUCGAAUGCGGACAAUCAGGGGUCAAACAAGGAAGGACAGAGACCCUGAAGCCAAACCCAGGCCCCGGCGCGCUCCUGGUCCUUACUUGGGACGUCCAUCGCCGAGGAAGCAACUCGUCUUCCUUGGAGCUCCGAG